AUGGUCCUCGAGCGGAAGCCAGAGUUCAGGGAGAUUCUCAACGAGUAUCUGAAUACCAACGAGCUUGAUGCGCCUUACCUUUUCAUUAACCAUUGCCGCAACGACAUGGAGAAUAUCCGAUCACGUCUUGCCCCUGAGGCUUCAAAGCAGCUGGGACCUCUAUUGGGCUAUGUGAUAGAUAAGUUUGGGGAUGAGUAUCAAGGGGACCGGAAAGACUCUUACCGCCGAGGGAGUCGCAGAGAUCGCCAAAAACCUCUUUACCGUGUAACCUGUGGAGAUGUGGGCACCAAGGCAGAGGAUGUUGAAAAAUAUCUCGAUUCUGUCCUGCAUCUCGGACGCAUCUGGGACUGUGUCGUUCUCCUGGAUGAAGCCGAUGUUUUCCUCGAACAACGAAGCCUCGAAGAUCUCCAGCGCAACGCGCUUGUCUCAGUCUUCCUGCGCGUGCUUGAGUACUACGAGGGAAUCCUUAUCUUGACGAGUAAUCGGGUUGGGACAUUUGACGAAGCCUUUAUCUCUCGAAUUCAGCAUGCCCUACAUUACCCUGAUCUGGUGCCCCGGCAAAGACGUCAGAUCUGGCAAAUUUUCGUUGAAAGAUUCGAGAACCUCGAUGUCGAUGAAGAUAUCGACUUCGCCAAUGUACGCGAGAAUCUGGAUGUUCUUAAGCAGGAAAACUGA